CCGGGCUCUCAGCACAGGAUCCUUUCCUCCUGGCAGCUCUGGGAAGGAGGAAAUCCCCAAUUCCCAGCUUUUUGCCCUAAACGAGACACCUGCAGCCUCCUCCAGAGAGCCGAGCCUGGGCAGCAGCAGAUAGAGAAGCCCGCGCACCGUCGGCGGGGAUGCCGGUGAAGCCAGCGCGCUGCCUCUCGCUCUGUGCCAGCGGCUGACUGGAAGCUGGAAUGUUUCCCACCCCGGGCGAUGCCCAGCCCUGCUCCUAGCCUGCCUUCCCAGGGGUGACGUUCCCGCUUUCCUGCCGUUCGCAGAGCAGUGCCACCGAGCAUGCCGCAGGGAGCCCCUCGGCAGCCCAAGCCCAGGGGAGUUUUCCAGUGAGUCCAGCUCCUCAAAAACCAGAGUUGCUCCUUCCCACCCUCGGACAGCGAAUUCCCCUGCUCCCAGCAGGGUGUUGAGGUCCUGCAGAGCGGGCUGGAGGAGGGGGCUGCCAUGGAAGAGAAUGUGUUCAGCGUGCAGCAGAUCCAGCCCAACGUCAUCUCGGUGAGGCUCUUCAAGCGCAAGGUGGGCGGCCUCGGCUUCCUGGUGAAGGAGCGCGUCAGCAAACCGCCCGUCAUCAUCUCGGACCUGAUCCGGGGCGGGGCUGCCGAGCAGAGUGGCCUCAUCCAGGCUGGGGACAUCAUCCUGGCCGUCAAUGGCAGGCCCCUGGUGGACAUGAGCUAUGAGACGGCGCUGGAGAUCCUGAGAAGCAUCGCCUCCGAGACCUACGUGGUGCUCAUCCUGCGCGGCCCCGAGGGCUUCACCACUCACCUGGAGACCACCUUCACGGGCGACGGGACACCCAAAACCGUCCGUGUCACCAGACCCCUGUGCCCGGCUCCCAAGGCGGUUGACUUGUCCAACCCAAGCAAAGAGCAGCCAGCAGCCAUGGGAUCGCUGUGGAGCAGGGAAACGGGCAAGGAGGUGGAGCCCCAUGUCCACGUUAACGGGCUCGUUCCCGGCAGCAAAGGGGCAAAGGACGGCGGCAGGGACAAGGACGGGGCUUGUGCUCACUCCUGCCUCAACGGCGGCGUGGAGGACAACGAGCUGCUCAAAGAGAUCGAGCCCGUCCUGGACCUGCUGAAGAGCAGCAGCAGUAAGGACAGCGGUGGAGAUGCGCCCUCCAAGGUAGAGACACGGGAUAUAGAAGUCCAGGUGGACUGUUUCAGGGAAGGGGAGAACAAUCCCCAGAAAGCUCGGAUGGAGAACGAUCGUGUGCCGGGGGACCUGUGGGGGAAGAGCAAUGUCCCCGUGGUCCUGAACAACCCCUGCUCUGAAGGACAGCAGCCGCCGCCAUCCGGGCGCCAGUCUCCAACCAAGAAUGCCAACGGGAGCCCUUCCAAAUGCCCCCGCUUUGUGAAAAUCAAGAACUGGGAGACAGGAUCCGUGCUCCAUGACACCCUGCACCUCAAAACUGCCAUGUCCACGGCGUGCACCGAGCAGAUCUGCAUGGGCUCCGUGAUGACCCCCAGCCCCCACAUCCGCAAGGCAGAGGACACCAGGAGCAAGGAGGAGGUGCUGCUCCUGGCCAAGGACUUCAUUGACCAGUACUACUCCUCCAUAAAGAGAUCCGGCUCCAAGGCCCACAUGGAGAGGCUGGAGGAGGUGACCAAGGAGAUUGAGGCCACUGACACGUACCAGCUGCGGGACACGGAGCUGAUCUACGGAGCCAAGCACGCCUGGAGGAACGCGGCGCGCUGCGUGGGCAGGAUCCAGUGGUCCAAGCUGCAGGUGUUCGAUGCCCGGGACUGCACCACGGCCCAUGGGAUGUUCAAUUACAUCUGCAACCACAUCAAGUACGCCACCAACAAGGGGAACCUCAGGUCUGCCAUCACCAUCUUCCCGCAGCGCACGGACAGCAAGCACGACUUCCGCAUCUGGAACGCGCAGCUGAUCCGCUACGCCGGCUACAAACAGCCCGACGGCUCCGUGCUGGGCGACCCCGCCAAUGUGGAGCUCACCGAGAUCUGCAUCCAGCAAGGCUGGAAGGCUCCGUACGGGCGCUUCGAUAUCCUGCCCCUGCUCCUCCAAGCCAACGGCAAUGACCCCGAGCUCUUCGAAAUCCCACCAGAGCUUGUGCUGGAAGUGCCCAUCCGGCACCCCAAGUUUGAGUGGUUUAAGGACCUGGGCCUGAAGUGGUACGGGCUGCCAGCCGUUUCCAACAUGCUCCUGGAGAUCGGGGGUUUGGAGUUCUCGGCCUGCCCCUUCAGCGGCUGGUACAUGGGCACGGAGAUCGGCGUCCGCGACUACUGCGACAACUCCCGCUACAACAUCCUGGAGCAAGUGGCCAAGAAAAUGAACCUGGAUAUGAGGAAAACAUCCUCGCUGUGGAAGGACCAGGCCCUGGUGGAGAUCAACAUCGCUGUGCUCUACAGCUUCCAGAGUGACAAGGUGACCAUCGUGGAUCACCACUCGGCCACCGAGUCCUUCAUCAAGCACAUGGAGAACGAGUACCGCUGCCGGGGGGGCUGUCCCGCCGACUGGGUGUGGAUCGUGCCGCCCAUGUCGGGCAGCAUCACCCCCGUCUUCCACCAGGAGAUGCUCAACUACCGCCUGACGCCCUCCUUUGAGUACCAGCCGGACCCCUGGAACACCCACGUCUGGAAAGGGGUCAAUGGGACACCCACCAAGAAGAGGGCCAUUGGCUUUAAGAAGCUGGCAAAGGCUGUGAAGUUCUCAGCCAAGCUGAUGGGCCAAGCCAUGGCCAAGAGGGUCAAGGCCACCAUCCUGUAUGCCACGGAGACGGGGAAGUCCCAGGUCUAUGCAAAAACCCUCUGUGAGAUCUUCAAACACGCCUUUGAUGCCAAGGUGAUGGCCAUGGAUGAGUAUGAUGUGGUGCACCUGGAGCACGAGACCAUGGUCCUGGUGGUCACCAGCACCUUCGGCAACGGGGACCCGCCUGAGAACGGAGAGAAAUUUGGCUGUGCAUUAAUGGAGAUGAAGAAUCCCAACUCCAACCUGGAGGAGAGGAAGAGCUACAAGGUCCGGUUCAACAGCGUCUCCUCUUACUCGGAUGCACGGAAAUCCUCCAGUGAUGGCCCUGACCCCAGGGACAACUUCGAGAGCACGGGGCCCCUGGCAAACGUCAGGUUCUCCGUGUUUGGGCUGGGCUCCAGGGCUUACCCCCACUUCUGCGCCUUCGCCCGCGCCGUGGACACGCUGCUGGAGGAGCUGGGGGGAGAGAGGAUCCUCCGCAUGGGAGAGGGGGAUGAGCUCUGUGGCCAGGAGGAAUCCUUCAGGACCUGGGCCAAGAAGGUCUUCAAGGCAGCGUGUGACGUGUUCUGCGUGGGGGACGACGUGAACAUCGAGAAAGCCAACAACUCCCUGAUCAGCAACGACCGCAGCUGGAAGAGGAGCAAGUUCCGCCUGACCUACGUGGCUGAGGCCCCGGAGCUCACACAAGGACUGUACAGCAUCCACAAAAAACGUGUCUAUGCAGCCCGGCUCCUCACACGGCAGAACCUGCAGAGCCCCAAGUCCAGCCGCCUGACGAUUUUCCUGCGCCUGCACACCAACGGGCACCAGGAGCUGCAGUACCAGCCUGGGGACCACCUGGGCGUCUUCCCGGGCAACCACGAGGACUUGGUCAAUGCCCUCAUCGACAGGCUUGAGGAUGCCCCUCCAACCAACCAGCUGGUGAAGGUGGAGCUGCUGGAGGAGAGAAGCACAGCUCUAGGUGUCAUCAGUAACUGGACAGAUGAGAACCGUGUUCCACCCUGCACCAUCUUCCAGGCCUUCAAGUACUACCUGGACAUCACCACCCCUCCCACCCCGCUGCUGCUGCAGCAGUUCGCUCUGCUGGCCACCAGUGACAAGGAGAAGAAACGUCUGCAGGUCCUCAGCAAGGGCUUGCAGGAGUACGAGGAGUGGAAGUGGUCCAAGAACCCCACGAUCGUGGAGGUGCUGGAGGAGUUCCCCUCGGUGCAGAUGCCCUCCACGCUGCUGCUGACCCAGCUGCCCCUCCUGCAGCCUCGCUACUACUCCAUCAGCUCGUCCCCAGAGAUGUACCCAGGGGAGGUGCACCUCACCGUGGCUGUGGUAUCCUACCGCACCCGAGAUGGAGAGGGACCCAUCCACCACGGAGUGUGCUCCUCGUGGCUCAGUCGGAUCCAGACGGAUGAAGUGGUUCCCUGCUUUGUACGAGGUGCCCCCGGGUUCCACCUGCCCCAGGACCCCCAGGUGCCCUGCAUCCUCAUCGGCCCCGGCACCGGCAUCGCCCCCUUCCGCAGCUUCUGGCAGCAGCGGCUCUUCGACAUCCAGCACAAAGGGCUGAAGCCGUGCCCCAUGGUGCUGGUGUUUGGCUGCCGGCAGUCCAGGAUCGACCACAUCUACAAGGAGGAGACGCUGUUUGCCAAGAGCCAGGGUGUCUUCAGAGAGCUGUACACGGCCUAUUCCCGGGAACCCGACAGACCAAAGAAAUACGUGCAGGACGUGUUACAGGAGCAGCUGGCCCAGACCGUGUUCAAAGCUCUGAAGGAGCAGGGAGGCCACAUCUACGUCUGCGGGGAUGUCACCAUGGCCGGGGACGUCCUCAAGGCCGUGCAGCUCAUCGUGAGGCAGCAGGGCCAGCUGUCAGCAGAGGAGGCAGGAGCCUUCCUCAGCAAGCUGCGGGAUGACAGCCGGUACCACGAGGAUAUUUUUGGAGUCACCCUGCGCACGUACGAGGUGACAAACCGCCUUAGAUCCGAGUCCAUCGCCUUCAUCGAGGAGAGCAAAAAAGACACGGAUGAGGUUUUCUGCUCCUAACUGGACCCUUCGCCCCCAGGGGAUGCCAAACCAGUCCCAGCACCUGCUGCCCCCUCCAGCUGGAGGGCACUGGGUUUUGUAUUUCACGGACACGGUGGCUCCUUUCCCAGGGGAACUGCCCAUGGAAAGCGCUCUGUCUCUCGUCCUGUUCUUGUGUCCUGAUGAUGAUGAUGAUGAUGAUAAUGAUGAUGACUUUUAUUUCCUUUCCUUCCUCCUUCUCUCGCUCUUGUCCUGUGGCCAUUUCUUUUCACCUCCUUCCCCUUUCCCUGGAUUUCCCCACUGGAGUUGGAUGGCUUUAUAACCUGCAGUGGCUCUUCUCAGAAUUCCACACUUCCCCUCCUUCCCGUGAGGGCAUUUUGCAGCUGCAUGAAAUCACCACCUUUGUGAUCAUUUGUGGGAGUUCCUGGGGGUGAGCAGAGCUGGCAGGGGCUGGGCAAUGUUGCUUGUCCAGAGCUGGGGGUUGUUCCUGCCAGGCUCCCUCUUUCCCCAUCUUGGGGCUUGGCUGAAUCCUUGUGUUUUCAUGGCUUUUCUCUGGAUUUGGACAAAUCUGGGCAUAUGCCUGAGGCUGGGGGCAGUUGAUGUGCAAUUCCCUUGAAUUUUAUUUAUCCCCAGGCAGCCUGGGUACAGCUGUGUGGUUUUUGAUCUGAUUUAUGUGUCACAAUUGCUCCUAAAGGGGCCCUGCUCUGUCUCUCUUCUCCUGCUCUCUUUUCCUGCUCCCUGUGAGCCUCUCCUUUUGCUCACUCACAACUUUUGCUGCCAUGGAAGUUCUCCCACAAGCUCUGAACACACAGGCUGAGGAAAAGCUCCUGGCAGUGACUUCUCCAGGGGGUUUUCCAGGGAAUAUUCGAUCUGCACCCAGAGCUCUGCAUGCCCUGAUCCCUCUCCCAGGUGAGCCUGGAAAGCCACGAGGAUGGGACAGAAGCAGCUCCCAGAGGGAACAAAGGCAGCUCUUGGAGGGGGAUAGAGGCUCCAGGUCUUUGCUGAGGACGUGCCAACAGAGGAAUCAUGAAAUGCCAGAGCCAGCAGCUCUUAGCACAUCUCAUGGCCACUUCUGGGACAGCAAACCCCAGCCCUUUCCACAUUUCAGGGAGCAGAAAGUGCCACUGUGGAGCCACCUGCCUGCCAAGAGAGAUGUGUGUGGCAUUUUGGGGUGAGGCCCCUCUGUGCCACCUGCCAGUGGCACGAGCUGUCCUGUGAGAAGGGAGGUGAGAUCAGCUGCAAAGGUGCCGGGCUCUGACACGCUCACACCUCAGCCCUGCUGCAGGAGCCUGGCCCCAAAAGCAAUUUAACACAACCACAGAAAGGCUGGAGGAAACAGAAAGGCUUUAACAGAGAAAAGCUGUCUGCAAGGGAAAGCAAAUGUGACCUUGUGUGUCCUUCCUGCUGCUGCAGCCUGGAGAAUCACAGAGCAUUCUGAACUUGGAGGGACCCACAGGGAUCCAGCCCAGCUCCUGAUGAAUGGCCCAUCCAGGGAUUGAACCUCAGCGUUUUUUGGCUCUGCCCAUCCCAGGUUUGUCCUCCCUCAGUGUCACCACAAGGACAGCAGGACGUGGCUGCAGCUCUUGCUGGAGGCAGGGAUGCAGGCUUGGCAUCUUGAGGUGGCAGCUGCUGCUCCUCCCCUCUGCCCUGCUGUGCCCAGCUGUGCAUGGAUAUCCUGGAUGGAGCUGAGCUCCUGAGCUGCUGACAGCACAGGGAUUGCCCAGGAGCUUUCACAGGGCUCAGAUCACCUGCCCUGAGCUAAAGGCAGCACAGAAAGGGCUGCAGGAGCUCUGCUGCUCUCCCAGCCCAUGGAACAAGCCCCACCAUCCCAGGCUGUGCUGUCAUUCCCACCCUCAGCCAGGAUCUCCUGCCACAUCUCCGUGGGCUGUGACACCUUCUGCAACUUCGACUCCCUGAAGCAUCUCCAGCCCAAAAUCCAGGGGCAAAAGGCCUCCAGGCACCGGGAGAAUUUGAGAAUCCAGAUCUGCUGGUGCCAGCUGAGCAUCCAACACGGGAUAAAACGAAUAAAUGCUGCCACGGUGUGGCCAGAGCUCGGCAGGGCUGGGACACACUCCGGCUCUGUGGCACUGCCUCGGCUCUUGGUGACUGCAGGGGAAAGCUGGAGAGCACGGAGGAAAGGACAGCCCACCCCAAUCCCAGGGCAGGCAGAGGGAUGGGGCCCUUGGCUUGGGAUGUGUGAGUUUGGGAGAGAUCCUGACUGGGAGAAAAACCCCUGAGCUCCAGAGCUGGGGACUUGCUGCGAGCUUGGCCUUGACUCCCAUCCUGGGGCUGCAGAAACAAAGCUAAAAUCAGAAAGAAAAUCAGAAAGAAAAUCAGACUCAUCCUCUUCUUCUGGGAAAUUUUGGCUCCUGCUUUAUGUUCUGGUUCUCCUUUAGAAGAAGAAGGGAAGAUGCAACCUGAUGAUGAGGAGGAGGAGGAGGAGGCAAUGCCCAAAGAAACAUCUCUUUGUCCUCUUCCCAGCUCCCACCGUGGUGCUGGCAAGGUUUCCCUCCUGCCCUGCCUCCUGCCUGCCCUGCUGUACCACCUCCCACUGGAUUAUUUUGCUUUUUGUGCAUCCCAAAGCUCAUCAGCUCCAUCUCCCUGCCAGGGGAGCCAGCAGGGCAGAACAACCCUCCUGCCAUGGGUCUGCAGAGGGUCUGGGCCAGGCAGAGAGCUCAGCAAACACCUGGAGGGGAAACGCUGGUUUAAGGCUCCUUACCUGGACCUGGAGCAGAAACCCCUCCCUGCCAUGAAGGUCCAUGAGGUUAAACCCCCCCAGGGCCCUGAGCUGCCUCUGCUCCUGCUGGCUCCUCACCAGCUGCACCACUGGGAAUUUUGAUUCACUCUUUGCUGUUGAGUCAGUCUCAGACGUCUGAACUGCUCCCCUUCAUCCCCUCCACCUGCAGGGGCUUCACACUCCCCUCGAGCUCCAUUUUCUCCCUUAGCAACAGGGGAAAGAAACUUGUGGAUGUGCUUCAUUAUUCCUGAGAUGUGGCUCUUGCAGCCUGGCCUCUGCUCACCUCCCUGUGGCCUUUCUGACGUGCAGGUGAAGCCACAAAAUCUCUGCUAUGAACACAGAGGGAGGUGGGUCUGCCCCAGCCUGGGCCCUGAGCUGUUCCAGGGGUCACACACAUAGGGGUGUGACAAAUCUGGGGCACUCAGGUGACAAAUCUGUCCCCUCUGGGUGCCUGCUGCCCACCCCUUCUGUGCUGGACCUGAGGGACCCAGCCUGGCCCUCCUGAGGAUCUCCACCACCACCACCACCCCAAUUUGGAGCAGCUCUGCUCCUUUUCACUCUCCAGGUGUUAAAGAGUCUCUUCUCUGAGCAGGAGGUUUGAUUUUCAAGACACUACAGAGUGGGGUUUUCUGCAAAGAUUUCACUUCCUAAUUCUUUCAAGUGUCCACAGAGAGUCAUUAUAUGGAUUUGAGAUCCCAGGGGGAAAGGUUCUGUGUUUUCCCACCCUGCAGGGAAAAACCAGCCCACCAGCAGGGAAAACCCACUCAGUGCAUGGGUACCCAGUGCUGUGCUCUUGGUGGUUUCUGAGGUUUCAUCUCCUGGGAAGGGCUGCCUGGGAGUUUGUUGCUCUUCUGUUUAUGAGAGACAAGGGUAAAACAAUGAGAAAAGGGUAAAACAAUGAGAAAAGGGUAAAACAAUGAGACAAGGGUAAAACAAUGAGACAAUGGGUAAAACAAUGAGACAAGGGUAAAGCAGUGAGACAAGGGUAAAGCAGUGAGACAAGGGUAAAACAAUGAGACAAGGGUAGAACAGUGAGACAGGGGUAAAACAAUGAGACAGUGACAAAACAAUGAGACAGUGACAAAACAAUGAGACAAGGGUAAAACAAUGAGACAAUGGUUAAAACAAUGAGACAAGGGUAAAACAAUGAGACAAUGGUUAAAAGAGUGAGACAUCUGCCACCAGGAAUAGCCUCACAGAGCUGUCACCUCCAAAUCAUGGCCUGAGCUUGUUGCUCAAGAGGAGCUGAGCCAAACUGGCCAGAGGAUGGGAUGUGUCUCUGUGCUGUCCCUGUCCCCUGUGUGUCCCCAGGGGGAGCAGGGACUGUGUGCAUGCCCUGGGCACGGGGAUCUGAGGGAUCUGAGGUGUCUGAGCACAGCCAGCAGUCCUGCAGCUGUGUCCUGGCCAGGAGCCACACCCUGCAGGGAGGCUGUGGGGACAGAGGGGACAAUGCCCCCGUGUCCAGCCUGUGGCUGCUCCUUCCCUCGCAGUGAGUGACUCCUCUGCCCCAUCCUGGCUGUUUCCCUGGGAUCCCUCCCUUGGCAGCCCUGCUGGGGGCACAGGGAUCCCAGUGCCUUGUGCUGGGCAGGGAGCACAGCACUGCUGCUGCCUCGGGCUCCCUGUUCCCCUGGGAUAACCGGGAGCAGACCCAGCCCCAUCUCCCUGAGCUGGGGUUCCACAGGGGGAUGGAGCUGGGGGAGGUCACAGACUGGGCUGGGAGAUCUCCCACACCCUGGAGACCCCCUUCUGGUCAAACUGAGGGGAGAGGUUGUGGUUGUGCUCACAACCUCAUGGACCAAGCCCAAGCCAAAGCUGCUGCCUCCUGACUUCUGACCACUGAAGCCAUUCCACUGCCCCCUGAGGGUUCCCACCAUUUUUUGGAAGGAUGAUUUUAUGCUCAGAACUCGAUUCUGUUCCUGCUUUCACCAGGGACUCGUUCUCAGCUUCAGAACUGCUCUGAUAACUCUGCAAUUGCAUUGACAGUUCCAGAGGGGAGCACAGUCCCUUCACACAACAGAUGGAGACACAUUUGCAGGACCAUUCAACUUUGCUGUAACUCCCUGUUUUUUAGAACAAUUCCUUCUGCUGUAACGGGGAGAGCAAAAUUUGGCCAGUGCUCUUGAAAAACCUGCAAUCCUAAACUUGGAUAAAAUCAGCCUGGAAUCCAAGUCCUCCCAGAUCCAAAAUGCCUUCCACACCUGCUGGCUUCAGUGGCACUGGGGAUUUUGGCAGCUUGCACAGCAGCAGCAGCAGCAAUUUCAGAAUAUUUUUGCGUGUGUCAAUCUGCGCUUGCACGUGCCUGCAAUGCAUGGCUCCAGCAAUCCCUGGGAAAUCUCCCCCUUCCCAGGAAAAUCCCAGCUCCAGCUUCUCCCAUGUGGCCAUGUGUGCUCAGCAGGGAGUCGGGGGAGAGGGAGAAAGCUGCUGCUUUAAAGCACUUGGUUCCAGAGGUGAAACAGAAUUUAGGAGAGGUGAAAAUCACCUUGGGAAACUCGCGGCAUAUCCAAGCAUUCCCAUGCAGAUCCACCUUUUUUAUUUUUUUCCUGCUGGGAAAAUGAAGCAGACUGGCAAUUCCUGGCCUCCACCCCUGCAGAUGUUUGGCUGUUGAUGGAACUUUGAGCCCUGGAAUCACAGGAAUGAAACCCCAAGAGGUUGUGAGCUCAGAGCUGAGCAGUGGCAGCACCUCACUGCCAGGGCUGCUGCUCUCCUGCCUCACUCAUCCAUGCCCUACCUGGCCAGAUUUUGGGGAGGAAGAGGCUCAAAGUGAGCAAAUCAAACCUGUGAUGCUGUCCUUGAGGAUUCCUGGUUUAUCAGGAGCCUGAAGUUUUGCAGCUAUUCCUCAUUGCAGUAGAGAGGAAUUGGGCGAGACUCCUGUAUCCAAAGCUUUCAGAGCUGUUUCUGGAGCUGUGGAAAAGCAAGAACUGGGAUGCAGGGCAGCUCUCUGCAGAAAUCUGGGAGGGAAAAACACCAGGCAAAGUAUUUUCCUUCCAGGGGCAUCCUUAAUACCUGGAAAAUUGAAAGGCUAAAUACUGGAAAAGAUGGUUUAAGAGAGAAGCUAAUUCAGGGCUCCUUUUUGCUGCUUUGUUUUCAUGUGUUGGUUUUGGGGUGAGGAAAGCAAACAGAGAGCAAACAGCCAGUGUGUCAAAUUUGGAUCAAAUCAAACUUUUUGUUCCUACAAUAACUGCUGGCGGAGAUUUUUCAAAUGUAUCAAGGGCAACAAAACCAGCCUUAAUUAAGUGAGACAUUAAUGCUCCUUGCUUCUGAGCCUGCUUUUGUGUUCUCCUCUCUGUGUGAUCGUGGCAUGGAAUCCUGUCUUAACAAAAGCCACUUCCCAGCAGCCCAGAGGAUGCUCAGGAACAGGGAUGGGGUAGGAGAAUCUCCCUGUGAGUGAGAUUCAGUGCUAAACCCCUGCUUUGCUAAAACCCUGCAAGAUAGGCAAAUCCUCACAAUUCCCAAGGUUGAAUUCCCAUGCUCUCCUGCCUCGAAAUGCCUUUAAAAACCCCAGGCUGUGUGUGCUUUGUGAGCAGUGUGCAGCUUUUCCAGAGUGCACACACAAUUCCCCAGGCAGAGGAUGAGCAGAGCACGGUGACUUUCAGCCGGGACUCGUCGCUUUUUUCCAUUGCACAGAGUUAAAAACACCACUUCUGCCAGCUGCCCGGGGAAUUUGAUGUUCAGUGCCAAUUAAUUUUUGUAAUAGGAGCAGGGAUUUAUCCCCUUGGCUCCCCCAGGCACCUUCAGUCUCAGACUCAAAGGCUGGGUUGGAGUCUUUCAUUUUCCAGUGGCCUUUUCCUGAAGAGCAGCGGUGCCACGGUGAGGACGGGGACUGGGCUGGGGAAGGUGGCAGCUUUGGGGCAGGCAACUCCCAGAUUUUCCAUUGUAAACCCUUCAGAUGUGGGUUCUGCAAGCCCUGGCUGCUCCCUGCUCCCCUCACACCCUCAGGUCACUGUGCCUUCAUCCGCUCGAGGAAACCAUGCCAAGAUCUGAGCCUGGCACUCUCACUUUGCAUCCCAUCCCCAGGUGUGUGUGGGGCAGGGGGAGCUCCCUGUGUAGCUGCUUUUUGUGUGAUCCCAGGGUAGGUUUGUGCAGGGGUGGGGUGACCUGAGCUGUGUGUGAUCCUACCAGUGCUUUAAGCAGCCAGAAACGUGGUUCUUCCCCUACCUCCAAGCUCUCAAUGCUGCUAAAAAUCUCUGCCAUUCGUCCCCCGUGCUCCAGCCCCUCUCUCAGACUGGCUCUGGCUCUGUUUGCAAGAUAUCCACGUUGUUCUGAAGCAUGCACCUCUCUCUGUAUAGUCCCAAUCUUCUGAUUUUAUGGAAUACUUAUGCCUGUUUGCAUUACGGUCCAAAUAAAAAAGUGAACUAAAA